UGGUGAGAAGAAAAUGCCAAAAAAUUAAAAAAAAUGAUUGGUUAUUGUAUGCUAAACUCAACUCCACAAGAAUUGGCAAAACUGUUUUGUAACAAUAACAAGAAAAUAAAUUUAAGUGCAGAGUUUCUACAAACCCAGGCUUUAACUCCCUCAUCAUUUUCCCUUAAAACAAAAAUUCCAUUGUGGAAUCAAGCAGCUUGAAAUUCAAGAGUUUUACAUUUGAACAAAAGAAAGAAAAAGCCAUCGACUUUACCAAUAUAUAUACCACAAGAUCAAACAGAUUUUUUCCCAUAAUAAUUUGAAAGAAAACUGUGCCUUCUAUUUUCUUUCAGAUCUUUCCUUGUUUUUUUGGGUUUCAAUUGUAUGAAAUUAAACAAUUUCAGACAAUAAACCCCAAUUGUUUAAUAUAUAGGAAAAGGAUGAUCUCUUGGCUUGAUGUCUACCAUGUUUUUUCAGCAACUGUUCCUCUCUAUGUUGCAAUGAUCCUAGGUUACCUCUCUGCAAAACAUCUAAAUAUCUUCUCUCUCGAACAAUGCGCAGGCAUCAACAAAUUUGUCGCUAAAUUCUCCAUCCCUUUGCUUUCUUUCCAAGUAAUCUCCCAAAACAACCCUUUUAAAAUGAGCCCUAAACUCAUUCUCUCAGACAUUCUCCAGAAAAUCUUAGCCUUUGUUGUAUUAGCCGUGGUUUUAAGAUUCUGGCAUCCAACAGGAGGAAGAGGAGAUAAGUUGGGUUGGAUCAUAACCGGAUUAUCUGUAUCCGUGUUGCCAAACACUCUCAUUCUUGGAAUCCCAAUCUUAAGUGCCAUCGAUGGAGAUGCAGCUGUGAACAUUUUGGUGCAGAUUGUUGUCUUGCAGAGCUUGAUUUGGUACAACAUCUUGCUCUUCUUAUUCGAGAUUAAUGCCGCGAGGAAGAUAACAUCUUCUGGAGCUUCCAUAGAACACAGAGGCAAUGGCAAUGAAGAAGCUGAUAUAGAGCAAGAGCCAAAAGAAGAAGUAGCAAUAGUGAGAACAAGAUCUCCUGGAACUGGGAAGAUUCUAUUGAAGGCUUGGCAAAAGCUUAUAAUCAAUCCUAAUACAUACGCAACGUUGUUUGGAUUAGUUUGGGCUACUUUACAUUUCAGAUUGGGAUGGAAAUUGCCUGAGAUGAUCGGUAAAUCAGUACAUAUGAUAUCUGAUGGAGGCUUAGGAAUGGCCAUGUUCAGCUUAGGUCUUUUCAUGGCAUCACAAAGUAGUAUCAUAGCAUGUGGAACAAAAAUGGCGAUCAUAACAAUGGUCCUCAAGUUUGUAUUAGGGCCAGCUCUUAUGGUUGCUUCUGCAUUUAGCAUCAGGUUACGAAGUACUCUUUUCAGAGUCACAAUUUUACAGGCUGCAUUGCCACAAGGGAUUGUGCCAUUUGUUUUUGCAAAAGAGUAUAAUGUUAAUCCGGAAAUCGCUAGUACGGGGGUGAUAUUUGGAAUGCUGAUUUCCUUACCAAUAACUUUGGCAUAUUAUUUUGUAUUGGACCUAUGAAUACGACAUGUAUAGGUCAUUAAUAUUUAUAGCUUUUUUUUGUUUGUGUUGUUUUAAGAGCUUUUAUUUUGUAGGGUUUAUAUCACACUAGAGGUAUUCGUAUAAGUUAUAAUUAAAUUAAAAAAAUUACAAUAACAUUUGAAUAUAAAUUGUUAUAUAUACUACAAUCGAUUUUAAACUAUUAAAUUGGUAAGAAAUUUAAAUUCGUUUGGAUUUAUUGAUUGCAUUGUGUCUAAAAUAUUUCAUAUAAUUUAACUCACAAUUUGUUAUUAAAGGAAAUCAUAUAUAGAAUGAUCACUAAGAUGGGUCAAAGUUAACUAAAUCUUGUUAUACUUUAAAAUACAUUUAUCUUAUUAAUUUAGGUUUUGUAUAAAACAAUUGUAAAUUUAAAACCGAUUUAAACUUUGUUUUAACUUUAGAAUUAUUGAGUUGUAAUACCAUAUUGAACAGUUUCAUAACAGAAAUUAAAUUGAAUAAAAAAUUGAUCCAAACUAAGGAUAAUGUUGUUCUCCAAAUCAAUUCAUGAAAAUACAUAAUAAAUAAAAAUUAUAACAGACCAAACCAGUUUUUAGACAAUUUUUUAAAUAAACCAUCACCGAAACUUUAUAUUUAAAUCAUAUAAACCAAUAAUAACUCUUUAAAUUAAGAUAUUCCGGCCUCGUCACAAAGAGAUUAGUCUUUACUUUUAUGUUGAUUUCUACCUUUGGUUAUUUAUUUUAAAGUUAUAAUCUGGUGUUUUUUAAAAAUUUAUAUAUGGUGAGGAUUUAGUUUAAUAUUCACAACUUUUAAAUUACUUAUGAAGAUUGUUAUUGAAUGAAUAUAAUUUGAAGAAGUGGUCUAAGUCUAAAUCCUUAAACAACUCUCCAUGAUGUGUUUGAGUCUCCAUUUUACACUCUUUUCAUCGUAACUGUUACCAAUGAAAUGUGUUCAAAAUUUCAAUCAUCGUAAUUACUACCAAUUUUCGUGUUUAAUUUUAGACUAACUACAUAUGUUGUUUUGAGCCCAGUUAUUCAUCGUACCAUGUUACAAAAAGAACAUAUGAAUUAUUUGAAAAAUGUAAUCCGUUGGAACAAAUUGACAGUCAUUAAUUUCCAAUAUAUGGUGUAAGAUUAAAUACUUUCAACGGCGGGCAAGUCUCACACAUUGUCUUCCUAAGUUUUUUUAUGCUUUUUUUUGCUAAAAUUUGGUGCAAUUGUCUUUCUAAGUUCUUUAUGUAUCUUAGCUAAUUUAUUAGUCAAAUAAUUUAUAAAAGGUUCCCAACUUGGAUUUUGAUAUAUAAACUUUAUAUGUAUAUAUGGUCUUGAAAGUCUUCAGAAACAUUUAAUCUUUCUAUCUUUUUGUGCAAAGAUCACUUUGUCCCCAAACGAUAUCUUCUUCUUCUGAGAUUCUUCCAGACAUCAGCAAUAACUCAGGAGAGAGAGAACUAAAAGCUUAAAAAUCACGAAACUUAGCGGAUAGUUAUUAGAAACCUAAAAUAAAGAUUAAAAAAAGGCUGCAAUGGUUGCCAUGUGCCCCGGAGAGGCAGAAAGAAUUACAUCCUCCGGCCAUGUAUUCAAUGGAUAGAAACAGCCGAAGCUCAGGGACACGCGUUGCUAAAUUAUUUAGACUCCCCCGUCCCAUGUCAUUUAGCGCCGAUAAUUAAUUUGACAAAUACUUUUGAAGAUUGAGUAUCAUCUUCAGAGGCUUUGGUUUCACCUUGUUCAUGUAUUAAAGAAAGAAACAAAUCUCUAGUCUCAAGCUCAAGAAUUGAUUAGUGAAUAAAAGAUGAAUGGUAAAUUUGUCCAAAAAAAUAUUAAUGAUAACACUUAGCACCAUUGUCUCUAGAGGGAAUUUAUUGGCAACUGUUUCGGGUUUAUCAGUGAACCCAUGCAAAAAAAAUUAAGUCUUCAACAAUCUGGAAAUAAACUUUGAUUUAAAAAGAAAAGGACUAAACAAAAAUGUUGCUAUAGAUCUUUUACAACUCCCAAACACAGAAAGGAGUUUGUUUUUAAAGUUAUUACCUCAGAAGCUGGGAUCUCUAUGUUUACAGAUGACCCAGGCUUAACGACAACUUCAGAAACAGCUUCGUUGGAGAAUCAGCUUCGUUGGAGAAUUUGGUAUCAUCAUCUCUUUCGUUACCACCGUACUGAACCGGGAUCUCCUCUGCAAGAAAGUACCUUCAUCAAGCCACAAUGCAUUAAUGUUAUGGUAAAGAUUGACUUUUAGAGCAUAGUAUGGGGUUCUUACUUAGAAGAGUCUCUGUGACAUUAGCUGGAGGAGUCACAACAAUUGCUCUUCAUUCUUCGUGUUAAGAAUGGAGAGAGGAGAGUGCUGCCAGCGUAGAACCCAUUAUAUAUCUAAGGCACAGGAUCGAUACAUCUCAAGCUAGUUUGUAAAGAUUGAGCCGUUUGGAUUAGGUUCCUCUUUGUUCCAUGAGCUGUGUGUCUUCGUCCAACAUCGUCCCCGGAUUCUCCUUCUGCACCAUUUAUUUUAUUGAAUCAUUAGAAAGUGCUUUCCAUCUUCAAUAUGAAAGGGUAAUAAUAUUUUUUUACUUCUUUCCUGUCGACAUGAGCGUGGAAGAAGUUGAGAGAUAUCAUUACUAUGGAAGCAUUAAGAAGUUGGGUGGUAAUAUGGAAUACAAUUUGCUUACUCUUUAGGUUGUACGUGUACCAACAAUCUCCUUCCCCGUGAUCAUGUCAAGGACUGGACGUUGCUGGAGAUGAUGCCCAACUAUGAGCUUCAUGUGCCCAAUAAAUCUAAAACAUUAAUGCACCUAAUACAAAACGGGGAGGAGAGGUCAGAACUGUUGGGGAAUAUUAAAUAGAUCCCUUUUGUGGAGACCAGUUUCAUCCCAUCUAUAAUUCAAUUCUCAAUUUUAUAGUCUAUAUGUAAUUAUACUACAAUAUAAUUGAAUUCGAUUUUAUUAGUUUAGUAAAACCGUUUCUGAUUUUUGAAUUUAAAAAUAUUUGCAUCAUUUAUAUGGUUUUAGUAGAACCAUCUAACAAUACUCUCCAAAUUCUCCAAAACUCUUUAGAAAACAUUAAUUUUUCUCAAAAAAAUCUAUCAAGCUGGUCAACGUUGAUAUUUUUAUUUGAUGUUAUUUUUAAAAGGGGUAAAUUAUUAUGAAUUUUUCCUUUUGUAAAUAAGUUUAUCUAGGCUAUGUAUUUUAAAAAUAGAGAUAAAAUUUGUAAAUGAACGAAAUUGUUCUUUAGAAAGAUAAAAAAAAACAAAAAACUAUUUGUAAAACGAAAAAAGAGGUUGAAGUUUUUCUUUUCCUCUCUAGCUUUUAUCUUCUUGAUGUUUUUUAUCUGUCCUUUGAAGUGCUUGACGUAUUUGAUUGAGCUGUCAAAGUAAAAUCUUGUUGCGAGUGAAAAAGCGAGUUCAAGAUGAUUUUAAAUAUUUUGUUAACUAAAUUUUGUGAGUUCAAGAUGAUUUUAAAUAUUUUGUGUUGUUAUUUUUUUUUGUUAACUAAAUUUUGUAUGAAUAAUAAUUUGCUAACGUAAUUACUUAUGUUUCUAAUUGAAAGCUUGCAAGUUAUGGAAAAUUACGAUCCAUGGGGGUGGCCAUAAUAAUGCAGCCGUGCCGCUUCUAAUUUUGGUCCAUUGUGCAUUAUACAGGUUUGGUAGAAACAACAUCCUGCUCUAAUAUAUUUAUUAAAAACAACGGAGUUGUUCAUUUAGUUCACUAAACAAAAUAUUAUAAUACUCUGUUCGUAAACAAAUACAUAAUAAGACGACAAAAGAUGUUACGGUAGUAUGUUAUGGCGUUAAUGGCAUAGAGACGACCAAAAAAUAUAUCUAGAGAUAUCAUGCCCAAAUACUAAGGGGGAAAAGGAAAUCUAAAAUAGUAAAACCAAAUAUUGUGUCGCAAAAAUGAAAGCUAGGUUUGAUAAGUCUAUAAUGAGAAGAAACUAAAGCCCACACAUAAGCCCACUGCAAAUGAAAGAAAAACUUGAAGCCCAGACGUAAUUAAAGCCCGUUUGAUGUGUAAAAACGAAAUGAGCUGAUUGGAUGAUUAUUUUUGAUGAUGUGGAUAGCCUAAUUGCUCACUAUAUUGUGCUUUUAGUAUUGUGAUUCUAGGCAUGAGAUUUUAAGAUACUGAUUGAUAAAAGCCAAUCUCCAAUCAUUCUCUAUGUAUUUCCAAUCAGUUUCUGAUGAUAUUAAAUGUUAAUUUGCCAAAUAAUUUCCGUAAGCUAAUAGAGAAGCAAAUGAUGUAAAUCAACAAC